AUGUGCUGCACGGGUGCCCUAAACCUGAAACCUAGAAGAGCCACCUUUUCUCACAUAGAUCAUCUCCCCUCCUCCCCUACUCUCCCUCCCCUCUUCUCCCUCACCCCCUCCUUCCCUCCCCACCCACCCCCUCCUCCCCUCCCCACCCACCCCCUCCUUCCCUCCCCACCCACCCCCUCCUCCCCUCCACUCCCUUCACCAACCGCUGUUGCUGCUCCUGCUCUCUCUCCCACUCGUCUCCCUCCCGCCCCUCCUCCGCACCGCCUGUCCCUGCACCUCCCCGCUUCCUCCUCCUUUGCUCCUCCUCUCGAUUUAUUUAUCAACACGUUCGUCCGGCUGGUUACCCAAACCCCUGAUGCAUGUGUGUGUGUGGGUGACAGCACUGCUCUGGGCGCUGCUGCUGCUGAAAUCCUCAUUGAGACAGUUGGCACACACAAGGACAACCCCGCUGCUGCUGCUGCUGCUGCUGCUGCUGCUGCUGCUGCUGCUGCUGGUGCCACUGGUGGUUUAGGAAUCAUGACAAACAACGCCAUCCACUCUAAUGAACAAUGCCAAACCAUGCUGUGCGCCCAGGAGAGGGAAAUCUGCACGCACAUGUGCCUGCUGCCAGCACACUACCUCCGGGCCAAGCAGGUCAUCCUACAGCAAGCAGCGCUGUCAAGGAGGACCAUUUCACGAGCAGCAGUGCACCGACUCUUCCGCCUGCCUCCAGCCACCACCGAUUCAAUUUUCAGGCUCUUGCUGGUGGCUGGUUGGAUAGCUGAAGCAUGGGGGAACAGUGCUGGUGGUGGGGGUAUGGGAGGGGCGAUGGGAGGGACGGGAGGGGGGAUGGUGAAGCAAGAGGGAAUGUGA